AUGAACUCAUUUGUUUCUUGGCAGCUACUGCUUUUCCUCUGUGCCACCUCCUUCUGGGAAACAACAGAAAGGGUGGCUCCUGCCAAGGAUCCUCGAUCCACAGGCACGCGCCUUGGACCCGUUGCCCUCCAGGACCCCGGGGAGCAGCGGUGCGCAGAGAAGAAGCCCGGCCCUGCCCUGCUGAGGCCUCGGGAGGCGUCGUGGUGCUCGCCCGCCGAGGGCCCUGCCGGGCCCCAGCGGCCAGGCCUCUGCGCCCCCCGCAGUCGCCUGACCCCCUCACCCCGGGGCGCGGUGCUGGUGCAGCGGGAGAAGGACCUAUCCGCCUACAACUGGAACUCCUUCGGCCUGCGCUACGGCAAGCGGCAGAUGGCGCCGCCCGGAUGGCGCGGGCGAGGCGCUGGCAGGGGCUGA